AUCAUAGCAGACGACUUCGUCACCGAACCUUUCAACCCAAAUCCAGUCCAGACCACCGAUUUUUUUUUUAUUUUUAUUUUUUAUUUUUCCAGUACGACGCGUCCGCUCUGAAAUGACCAGCGACUUGCCAACUAUUCACCUCCUCACAGACGAUCUCCUCCUCCGCAUUUUCCGCGCCCUCGCGUCGCAUGGCGACUAUUUCAGCCAUGGCCUCGUGUGCCGGCGAUGGUACUGCCUCGCUCGCUCCGCUCAGAGCCGUGUACGCGUUAAAAGCAACAGCGGUAUUCCGUCUCGUCUCAUCCUCCACGCGCUUUCGCGAUUCCCGUCGCUCUCCGAGUUAGACCUGCUGGCUGGAAGCGUCUAUCCUGCCGACGACCGUCUGAUUCACAGCCUUGCCACGUCAGCGCUGAGUCAGCGUCUGUGUCGCCUGCAUUUGGUCUUCGAAGGGCGGAGCUGUACCAAUCCAGAAUCGCCUCACUCGGCGACUCCUGCAUCAGCUCGCAGCACCGAAGCCGCGUUUCACCGCCUUUUCUCCAGCUGUACGCGAUUGACGCAUCUCACUUUAAAGUCUAAAAGCUCCUCCGUGACGCUCCCCCCAUCCAUCGCAACGCUGACGAGCCUUACGCACCUCCACCUCGAUUUCGACUUCUCCUCUCUCCCUUCCAGCCUCUUCGCCUCUCUCACGCUGCUCCAAAGCCUCGAGCUUCGCUCCCGCAAUCUGCAGUCCCUACCAGACACUCUCGGGCAGCUGAAGAAACUCUGCGAGCUGACCGUGCAGUGCACCGCCUUGGAGGCUCUUCCGGAAUCAAUUGGAGAUUAUUUUUUUCUGUCCCGGUUAGAGCUGCUCGAGUGCUGUCGCCUGCAAGAACUGCCCGAUCCCCUCUGCACCCUCCCAAACCUCUCCCACCUGAAUAUACAAAACUGUGAUUCGCUCAUCUGCCUGCCCGAGGAUUUCGGGCAGCUGCAAUCCCUCCGCUGCCUAAAGCUUUCCUGCUACUCCGCAGACUUCACCCUUCCAGAAUCCUUCUUUUACCUCUCAAACCUCCAAACCCUCGAAAUCUCCUUCUCCUGGUGCCACUGGCCCUCUGCUUGCCUCAUCUCCUUCCGUUGCCUCGCGUCUCUUGCUCGCCUCUCCCUCCAAGGCAUGUUCGUCCACUCCCUGCCUCCCGCCCUCCUCCAACCCCCCUCCCUCCGCAUCCUCACCCUCUCCUCCCUCCACCUCCUCACCGCCUUCCCUCACUCCCCCGGGCAGCUUGAAAACCUUCGCGAGCUGACCAUCAGCGACUGCGAGAAACUGGAAACCCUUCCCUCCUCAUUCUUCUCCUCCUCCCCCAACCUCUCCUCCCUCACCCUUUCAGCCUUACCCCUAUUGGCAUCACUGCCAGAGUUUCUAGGCGCUCAGUCAAACCUGCACCAGAUUCGCCUGCACCAGUUGCACCUGGAUUAUUGCUCCAGCCUCUCUGAUCUGCCCGCAUCCCUCUCCUCGCUCUCCUCUCUCCGCCAUCUCUCCAUCCGCCACUGCCCCUCCCUGUCUGCCCUCCCUCACGGGAUUGCCCUCCUCCCCUCGCUCCAAUCGCUCGUUUUAGUCUCACUCCCGGGCGUCACUUCGCUGGAGUCUGUGUUUCUUGGUCGCGGAGUACUCGUGCCAGCAGCGCCUGCUGGCAGGCCGUCAGGGGGAAGGGGGUGGGGAAGAGACUGUGAAGGCCAGCAGCAGCAGCAGCAGCAGCAGCAGCAGCAGGAGCAGGACCAGGAGCAGCAGGAGUGUCGUCAUUCGUUGGCUCGUGGCAUGACAGAUGAUAGUCUAAACGGAAUCCAGCAUUUUCCAUCUCUGGAGUCUCUUAGGAUCAUCUCCUUACCAUCAAUUUCUUCCCUUCCCGAACCCUUCGGGCAGCUUCCAAAACUACGCAAACUCGUUCUGCAGGCCUGUGGCAACCUGUCCAAGCUCCCCCAUUCAUUUUUAGGUCUGGGCAGUCUCCACUACCUCCACAUCAGCAACCUUGGAAACCUUUCCACCCUGCCUGAGGACAUCGGGCAGCUGCCCACGCUUGAAACCCUUCUUCUGGAAGAUCUCCCUGCACUCGCCCACCUGCCUGCCUCCCUCUCUCUCCCUCCCCUCACCUCCACCUUACAAUCCCUCCACCUCCCCCUCCUUCUGACGCCCUCGCCGGCUGAAGCGGACACAGCAAGCUGCUUUGACGUGGUUAGAGGUGUGGUGCCAGGCCUUGAGAGUCUCGUGCUUCACGGCAGUUACAGAUGCACGGUUACCAGUCCAACGGGCACGAGCAGCAGCACCAAGGUUACCGGCGUGGGAGGAACGAGCAGCCUGGUUUUGAGCGGUGCACACGACCCUUCAGACGACCCUUCAGACGACCCUUCAGGGGACCCUUCAGGGGACGCUUCAGACGGUGCUGCUGGCGGUGAUGUUGGGGUGGACUGGCCCCUGCUGAGUGCUCAGCACGCACCAAGCAUGGUUGCUGCCGUAUCAAGUGGUGAGCAGGGGUGGGCACAGCAGGUGGAGCAGCUGGCGCUCCAAGUGGGGCAGCUCUCCCACCACGCACUCCGCGGCCUCGCCUCCUCCCUCCCUCGAUCCAUCUCCCAUGCGGUGCCUGGUUAUGUGGCUGACCACACUGGCAGGGAGCGCGCCCGUGCAGCAAACGACGAUAAUUCACCGUGGAAUGUCAUUGCAGCUGGCACCAGCAGCCACCGCAAAGCUGUCCUCGCUCCGUGCAUUCCUGACGACCUGUUUCUCUCGCCACUCGCCCCAAGCCACCUCCGGCUCCUGCACUUGCACUCGUGCCACCACCUGCUGCAUCUGCCCUCCUCCCUCCCCUCCAUCCCCCACCUCUGCCUCCUCUCUCUCUCCAACUUGCCCUGCCUCGCCUCCCUCCCUCCCUCACUCCACCUCCUCUCCUCCCUCACUUGUCUCCAACUCACAGACUGCACCGCGCUCACCCACCUGCCCGCCUCUCUUUUUUGCCUGCCCGAAUUGGAACGGCUCGCUCUGAUUCGCUGCUACAGCCUUGUCGCCCUGCCCACCGUCCCCACCAGCACCGAUUCCUGCCCUCAUGCUAAAGCUACUGAUGCUUUGUUAAGCGAGGGUAGUGGCAAUGUCAACCCUUCAACCUCUGUCGUCUUCAAGCUACGUGUUUUGCACAUGGAGGAGUGUUACAUGCUGGCCGAGCUGCCAUCAAGUGUAACAAUGUUACAGGGGCUGGAGAGGGUAACGGUGGAUGGGUGCUUCAGGAUCCACCGGCUGCCAGAGGGGAUGGUUCAGCUGCCUUACUUGAGGAGCCUGGCGUGGAACGGACGGGAUGUGCUCCAGGGACGAUAAGGUGGCAGAUGGUCCUAGGCGCUGGAAUGGAACGGAACGGGAAGGCUGCCUGCAGGAGUGGUUCAGCUGCCAUAUUUGAUGAGUUUGGUGUGGAACAGAAGGGAUUUGCUGCAGGAGGAUACGGCGGCAGAUGGUUCUAAGUGUAUGAGAACGGCCCAGCAGUACGAACCAUGGCAAGAGUGUCACUGGAAUCCAGCAUUUGAAUGCACGAAUUUCUGCCCCACGUGGAGCGACACAUCGGGCUCUAUCGUGCCACUUCACGCAUUGGAAAACUAGCUGUGAGAAUUCACGCGCUUUUUCUGCUCUGUGGCAAAAUGUUCGGGUUUCGUUGUUGCAGCGAGUGAUCGAUAGCGGAUACGCUGACAAACCCCCGUCGGGCCGCUGACACACAGAAACCAGCGCAGGAAAACAGUAAAAGGUGCCAUGUCCA